AUGCUGAUCUCUCGCUGUGGUAUUCAUGGUUUCCAUGAAGUCCUUGGAAUUGAUACUGAUGAGAUCCGCUUCUACUGGGCGAUCGAGAGCAACGAACGAGAUGCUGUUCAAGUCGCGUAUCGCAUUGUCGUGAUGACAGACGCCAAAUCUCUUGAUGCGGUCAACCACUUUUUCACAGCCUAUCCGCGGUCUCAUCUUUUGCCACCGUAUAGCAUGAACCAGACCUACAUGCCUCACACCAGUCUGAUUUUCAGAUCCUGGUUCGAGGACGAGGCAAAUCGCUGGAAGGCGGUUUGGAUUGGUGAUGGAGGCGACAAGCCGAUUUACCUCCGCAAAUCCUUUGAACUGGUGCGACGCCCGGCGAAGGCAAUUCUGUUCGCAUCUGGUCUUGGCCAUUUCAACAUGACUGUUAAUGGCCAGGCCGCUUCGGACCAUCGCCUCGAUCCUGGCUGGACCAACUACCACCGUCGAGUUCAAUUCACUUCUUAUGAUGUGACAGACCAGCUUGCUGCAGGCCAAAAUGCCCUGGGUGUUCAUCUGGGCAACGGUUUCUACGCCGGAGACAAGGGCGAGGAUCGUUUCUUCUGGCCGAUGUACGAGGACAACACGUAUGUUCGGUACGGGAAUGAACUUUGCUUCUUUGGCGAGUUGCAUCUUUUCGACGAGGAUGGAGAGCAUACUGUUCUGAUCUCGGAUGCGUCGUGGAAAGUCAGGAAGAGUGCCACCGCCUUGGCCAAUAUCUAUGCAUCUGAAACGCAUGACCGGCGCCUUUAUCCCUCAAGCUGGGAUUGUGCUGAAUUCAAUGACGCGGAAUGGGCGCCAGUAAAGCCUCUCACUGGACCCAGAGGUCAGAUUUAUUACCAGACUCAGCCUCCGGUUGUACUCCAUGAGACAUUUGAGCCGGUUAGAACAUACAGUCCCAAGAAAGGGACUGUCUGUUACGACCUCGGCCAGAAUGCAUCGACCAUGGUCAAAAUCGCAGUGGAAGGCCCGGCAGGUUCAGAAAUUAUUGUUCGAUACUCCGAGACUGUAGGAGAAGAUGGCACCGUUCUGAUGCCUGAUCCGCUAUUCAAGGAAUUUGAGACGGGUGUCUUCUCCCGAAUCUUCUUGGCUGGCACUGGGAAACCUGAGAUCUGGGAGCCAGACUUCAGCUUCACCAGUGCUAGGUACAUUCAGGUGGAUGGCGUAUCGUUGGACGCCGGUGAUCAAAUGCCAGUCAUUCAUUCCGCAGUUGGUCGUCACAUCUCAUCUGCCGCCAAGAAGCUCGGAACGAUGAAAACCGACAAAGAAGAUGUCAACUCAUUGCUCAACGCUCUCUACUGGUCAUUCGCUAGUAAUCUUUUCAGUUACCACACGGACUGCCCUCAGAUCGAGAAAUUCGGCUGGCUGGAAGUCACCCACCUGCUGGCUCCUGCCACACAAUACAUCCGCGAUAUGGAGUCAUUGUACACCAAGAUUCUUGAUGAUAUCCUGGAUACCCAGGAGCCCAGUGGCCUCGUGCCAACAAUGGCACCUGAGGUCCGCUAUAUGUGUGGUCCCCUGCACGAUACCAUCACCUGGGGCUGUGCCUUGUGUCUGCUUCCUGAUAUCCUGCGACAGUACUACGGAUCUACACAUGUGAUUCCAAAAGUGUACCCAGCUGCUGUCCGAUACAUGGAGUACAUGCAGACCAAAGAGCGCAAAGGUGGAUUGAUCGAGCACGGUCUUGGCGACUGGGGCCGAGGCAUUGCAUUCGGCAACAACCAAGCCAACAUUGAAACGGCCAUUUACUACCGCUGCCUCCAAUGCGUUGAGAUGAUGGCUCGCGAGCUCGGAAAACACGAAGAAGCCGAGAAAUUCACUCAAUGGGCUGCACGCGUCUAUGCCAUCUACAACCGCCACCUCCUGGUGACUGAUGACCCAUCUCGUCCCUACGCGUAUUACACCUCGCUUGACAACUACCCCGAGCGAGACCGUGAUGCCAUCGCACAAGCAAUGGCUCUUCAAUUUGGCCUUGUGCCUGCCGAGCACCACAAUGAUGUGAUGGCCGCAUUUCUGGACGAUGUAUCAGACGGCAAGAUCCGCGCUGGUGAAAUUGGCCUUCGUUUCCUCUUCAACACUCUGGCGGAUGCCAAGAGACCUGAUCUCGUGUUGCAAAUGGCUAGACAGGAAGAACAUCCAUCCUACAUGCGUUUCCUGCGCCGCGGUGAGACUACUUUGCUUGAAUUUUGGCAGGAUGAAUGCCGGAGUAAAUGUCAUGAUAUGCUGGGCACAAUCUAUGAGUGGUUCUACGCUGCUGUUCUAGGUCUGAAGCCUAUUUCGGAUGCAUAUCGCACUUUCGAGUUUAAUCCUCCUUAUAACUCUGAGUUUGAGCAUGUGAAGGGGUCUGUUGAUUGUCCUUAUGGAUUAAUUGAUAUUGAGUACACCCGCUCCGAGGCCUCUGUGACUUUGGAUCUUACUGUGCCCUUUGGAACGACAGCUACUGUUAAACUACCGGGUGAUAUGAAGAAAGUCGAGUAUGGUCAGAAGGAGGAAAAGAGAAUUCCCGUGGAAGGAGCGGACUUAACGCUUACCCAUGGAUCGUAUACUGUAAACAUUCAACUAUAG